AAACACGUGUGUGUUUUUAAUUUACGUGAUCUGUGGUUUUUAACCUUACUUUUUCUAGCAUUUAUUUUGGUUAAAAAGUUCCAAGAAAAUGGGCAAGAAAAAACGCAAAGGACGUUCAGUACGUAACAAUAAAAACGUUCUGAGUGAACCUGAGGAAGUGAUAAACGCACCCCAUUCGUUUGUCAUCCACAAGGGCCUACCUGGGGGACAUACCCCUGAAUUAACUAAGGACUUUAGGAGGGUAAUGGAGCCGUACACGGCCAGUUCCUUGAAAGAAAGGAAGAAAAACUCUAUAAAGGACUUUGUUUCCAUAGCUGGACCGCUUCAUGUAACACACUUGAGCGUUUUUUCAAGAACGGAACUAGGAAUGUAUUUAAAAAUUCUCAGACUACCUAGAGGACCAACUUUAACAUUUAAAAUUCACAAUUUUUCCUUGGCUAGGGACGUAGUAUCAUCUCUAAAGAAACAAAUAGUUGUCGAGGAAGCCUUCAAAACCUCACCGUUAGUGGUUCUAAACAGUUUUAGUGGGGAAGGUCAACACAUGAAACUCAUGGCAUCAAUGUUUCAAAACAUGUUCCCUACAAUUAACCUAACUAAUGUUGAUUUAAACACAAUCAGGAGAUGUGUGAUGCUGAAUUACAAUCCCACAUCAAAAAUGAUAGACUUCAGACACUACAACAUCAAAGUCGCUCCUGUUGGAAUAUCAAAGGGAGUUAAAAAGGUUGUCCAAGGCAAAGUGCCUAAUCUAGCUAGGUGCAAUGAUAUCACUGAUUUUUUUACAAAAACAGCAGUCAUGUCUGAGAGUGAAGCAGAAGAUGACCCAUGCAAUCACAUAACUUUAAGCCAAAAACUAAAAACCAGAGGUAAUGUAGAAUCGGGAAAAUCAGCUAUAAGAUUAACUGAAUUAGGACCGAGACUCACAUUGCAAUUAAUAAAAAUAGAAGAUGGUCUGUUAGAUGGUGAAGUUUUAUAUCAUGACUCUGUACAUAAAUCUGAGGAGGAGAAACUGGAAAUACAGAAACGACGUGAAAUGAAAAAGAAAUUAAAAGAAAAACGUAAGAAAAUUCAGGAGGAUAAUAAGAAAAUAAAAGAAAAGCUUAAAGAGGAACACAAAGAAAAAUCGCUGAAAGGUAUGAAAAAGGAUAGUGAGAAUAAUGAGUCAAACAAGUUAACAAAAAAUGAUGAAGAAAAUAUAGUGAGCGAUGACGACGACAGAGAAUAUUAUAGAAAAGAAGUUGGUGAAGAGCCCGAUCAAGAUUUAUUCUCAUCGAGACCGAGUGGCACAAAAAGGCCAGCAAAGACAUUCCACUCGUACAAAAACAAGAAACCUCGCCUAGAUACAGACAAGAAGGACCGACCUAAAUUCAAAGACAGACAUUCAGAGAAGAAAUUCAGAAAGAAGGUUGACAAAACCAACUCCAAAAACCGAGAUCACAGGCCUAUUGGAGGAAAAUUUGCCAACUCAAGAAAAUCAAGUGUUAAAAGAAAAACGAAGCGCAAAUAGAGUGUUAUUUUACGUUAAUAAAGGUGUAUUGAAUAAAAAUAAACCACA